AUGGCAACUUCUGUGUUAAAUGUUCGGCCUCCUGCAUUAACUUCCGUAUCUGAACCACUCCCAUUUUUUUAUGGAACCACAAGGUUGUACAUUUGCUAUCUGUGCCCUUAUGCACAACGUGCAUGGAUAACUAGGAACUGCAAGGGACUGCAAGACAAGAUCGAAUUGGUUCCUAUUGACCUCAAAAAUAGGCCUUCUUGGUAUAAGGAUAAAGUGUACCCUCUCAAUAAGGUGCCAUCGUUGGAGCACAAUGGCAAGGUUUUAGGAGAAAGUCUUGAUUUGAUCAGAUAUAUAGAUGCCAACUUUGAAGGGCCAUCUCUAUUUCCAAGUGAUCCUGCCAAGAGGGAAUUUGGAGAGCAAAUGAUAUCCCAUGUUGAUACGUUCACCAGUGGCGUAUACUCUUCAUAUAAAGGAGAUCAUCCUGUACAACAAACCAGUGCUGCUUUUGAUUACUUGGAGAAGGCUCUUGGUAAAUUUGAUGAUGGACGAUUCUUUCUUGGCCAAUUUAGUUUGGUAAGUUGA